AUCAAUUUGCGUUGCAUUUUCAAGCUGUACAUGGUUUACCAAAUAGAACUAUCAAACCCCAACUAUAAAAUUCAUGCUGGUUCUAUCCCUCAUAGUAGAUCACACCAAUAUAGGUUUUCUGUAGACCUCUGAUCCCUGGAGGACCAAUGGAACUCUUCAGAUCAUACAGUUUCUUCACUAUUCUAAGCGAAUCCAUCAAACUUCUUCCUAAGAAUGGGAAACUCAUGGCACUCAUAGCGAUAUUUUCAGCAGUUUUAUCAUCGUGUUUCGUUUUGUUGCUCAACUACUCCCUCCAAUCCCUGGUGACCGACAUGAUGGUUACUGCCCAGCAAUCAUUCAUGCCUGAUCCUAGUUCAUUCGAUAUCCCGGCAGAUCCAAACUCGUUUCCUCCGUCUGACCCUAGCUCAUUCAUGCCCAAAACAAGCUUGAUCACAAAUUUAUUCGCACGUCUUCUUGCACUUCAAACUGCUUUCGUUCUUGCAGUUUCCAUCAUCUCCUUCUUCUCUUCUGUUUCAACUAUUCUAGUCUCAGCUGUGUCCUACAGUUCCAAGACGUUAUCGCUAAAAGACCUCUUUUCAGGCAUUUGGACAACAUGGACACGGCCCCUCAUCACUAGCUUAUACGUGUCGGGACUAGCGAUUGGCUACUUUGUCGUUGUUGCUAUGCUGGCAGCUCCUCUCCUGAUGUACUCAAGCCGUGUGACCUUCUGUGUGGCCGUCUUGCUCGGGAUUACAGCUUCAAUUCUCUACCUAUACUUGUUCGUUCCUUGGGCUUUGGCCGUCGUGGUUUCAGUGGUGGAAGGUUGUUAUGGGAUGAAAGCACUUGCAAAGUCUGCAGCACUAGUUAAGGGCAAGAGGGUUCAAGGUUUCUUGCUCAACGUUUCUCUCAACGUUAUGAUUCUCAUAAUCUUCGAGGUUUACAGGGUGACAUUAGGACACAAAGGGUUAAUGAAUGCGACGAUGUAUGUAUUGUUUCUAGUGAGUGUUGCUUCUUUUGCAAAGAUUUUCAUAGUCGCAGCGUACACGGUUUUGUACUUCCAUUGUAAGAAGCACCAUGGGGAGGAGAUCGAGCUACAUGAGAGGUCCUUUUACCAGUACGCUAAACUGCCAACCACACAGUAAUAGAUCAGUCUUGUAUGUUAUGGAGGGAAUGCGGCCAAGUUUCUGCAUUGGAACCAUUCAUCCAUUCAAGAAGUGCAGGCUUAUGUUUUGAAAUGAUUUUUCCAUCGGACAAAGUCAUGUGAAAUUGCUAACACUUGUGUCUGAAACUUCCACAUUCAGGAACAGGACCCAGUUCUGGAACACAAUAAUAAUUGACCUCAUGUGCCCGACAAUUUUGCUAAUUCAUCAUCUCUGACAUAUUUUCAAUGAUUUUUUUCUUUUGUACUUCUUGAGAAGUCAAGAGUCUCUCAUGGAAUCUUCAACUUCUUAGGUUCUGUUAAUACUAUACUUGAUGUAUAAUAUUGGAUACCAAGGCCCGUUUUGUUUGGGCUUAUUAGCCCAGAUAUUCGGACAAAAUUAUAUUUUUAGCCAUAUAA